UCUUUGAGCACACACAUACGCACACACACUCUCUCUCUCUCUCUAAACCAGACAUUGCCGAAAUUCGAAAAUCGGACACCUUCCAGAUCUCUCUCUCUCUCUAAAUCUUUUGCCCCCAAAUUUUAUUUACACGUCCGACGGAAUCGGAAAACCACCUCCCCACGCCGGAAGCCCACUGUUUGCUUCAAUUUCCGGCGAUCUCUCAGCGAUCGCUUCGCGAUGAGUACCGGAGAGCUUCUCAGCAUCGAACCUCAGGAGCUUCAGUUUCCAUUUGAACUGAAGAAGCAGAUCUCGUGUUCUCUGCAAUUAACUAAUAAGACCGACAAGUAUGUCGCUUUCAAGGUGAAGACCACGAAUCCGAAGAAGUACUGUGUUCGGCCUAACACUGGAAUUGUGUUGCCACACUCUACUUGUGAUGUUAUAGUUACCAUGCAAGCACAAAAGGAGGCUCCUCCUGACUUGCAAUGCAAGGACAAGUUCCUACUUCAAAGUGCAGUUGCACCUCCUGGAGCCACCACAAAGGAUAUAACUCCAGAGAUGUUCAACAAGGAGUCAGGGAAUCAGGUUGAGGAGUGCAAAUUGAGAGUGGCGUAUGUUUCACCUCCACAACCACCAUCACCUGUGCGAGAGGGAUCAGAGGAAGGUUCGCCAAGGGCUUCAGUAUCGGAAAAUGGGACUGUAAACAUGGCUGAAUUUACUGUUGCUUCAAGGGCAUUCGUCGAGCCUCAAGAGCAGUCAUCAGAGGGAAGAGCUAUUAUUUCUAAGUUGACUGAGGAGAGAAAUUCUGCUAUUCAGCAGAAUAACAAGCUUCAGCAAGAAUUGGAGCUUUUGAGGCAUCAAGGCAUGAGAAACCGCGGUGGUAUAUCCUUUAUAUACGUCGUUCUUGUUGGCUUGCUGGGCCUUCUUUUGGGGUAUCUUAUGAAGAAGACAUGAUGGAAGGGGAGUGUGCCUUGUGUUGUUUCUUCUUCAUCUGUUGCUCCUCAAGCUGUUUAAAAGAUUUUAGAACAUUUGGAGAAGACAAGUGUGUGACUGGUAGGGGAGAGCUUUUGUAUUUGUGUUAGCUUUGUAAUUGACUUUAGAAAAAAAAUGUUCAAUCGGGUUUGAUGAUGGGUUAUGUAAUUGCCUGGACACUGGGCAGAGACUCCAAUGGGCUUUCGUUGUGUGACUAAUUGGGUUUAUUAACAUGCCUUGGUAACUUAAAGAAAUCCUUCAUUAAUUUUUCUCUCUUA